UGUCUCUCUCUCUGUGUGUCUCUCUCGCGCACCACCCAGGUGGGCAUGAUGGUUCACUGCCGCGUGAUGCGCGUGGACGUGGAGAAGCUGACGUCGGACCUGACCACAAGAAGCAGCGACCUCGCCGACUCUGUGGGCGAGUGGAGGCCGCGGAGGGACGACUACUACGACACGGAGCACGAGGAGAGGGUGACUCAGGCUGAGGAGCGGGCCAGGCAGCACACUCAGCGUGCAAUGUACGUGAAGAGAGUCAUCGUCCACCCGUCGUUCCACAACAUCAACUACAAAGAGGCAGAGGCUCUGAUGGCGACACUGGACCAGGGGGAGGCCGUGAUCCGUCCCAGCAGCAAGGGCACAGACCACCUGACGGUGACGUGGAAGGUUGCCGAGGGAGUUUCUCAGCACCUCGAUGUCCGUGAGGAGCGCAAAGAGAACCCCUUCAGCCUGGGACACUCGCUCUGGAUCAACGGAGAGGAGUUUGAGGACCUGGAUGAGAUCAUCGCACGACACGUCCAGCCAAUGGCAUCGCUCGCUCGCGACCUGCUGAGCCACAAAUACUACAGGGAGAGUACCGGGGGUGACACACGUAGGUGCGUGGAGGAGCUCCUGGCCAAGGCUAAGAGGGAUCGCCCAUCACAGAUCCCCUACCUCAUCUCCGCCUCGACAGAAUUCCCCGGCAAGUUCCUGCUCGGCUACCAGCCCAGGAACAAGCCCUGGGUGGAGUUUGUGACGGUGACUCCUGACGGCUUCCGCUACCGUGGACAAAUCUUCCCCUCCGUGAACGCGCUCUUCCGCUGGUUCAAAGAGCAUUUCCGUGACCCCAUCCCUGGCGUGACUCCGGGCAGUGGCAGCACCAGGCGGACUCCAAGCUCUGUGUCUGCCACUCCGGCAAACAUCAACUUCAGUGGUGAGGACCAGUUUACUCACCACUCACUCACCACUCACUCACCACUCACUCAUACACUCAUACACUCACUCAUACACUCAUA